UGGCAAGCUAGGUGACUGUGUCCAUGCCAUGGCAUGCCGUUUUCUUUAACAUUAUUCUGGCUCGCGAAUUGACUAGAUAAACUAGCUUGACUAUUAGCUAGCGAGCUAAUCCUGUUAACGUUAACCCUUUGCGCAAACAUAGCUAGCUAGUCUAAAAUUGAGGUGAAUGCGAGAACAUUACAGGAGAGUGACUUAUUUCUCCCCAGGAGGUCGUUGCCAGCUGUAGAUUGACAGCUAGCUACUAGCUAGCUAAGAAGGUCACUUUCUCAAACUCAUCUUUGCUGUCACUGUAUGGUUGCUGGGUUGCAGAAGUGUCGUGUCUUACUAGUUACAGUAGCUACAUUUUUAUAUCCCAAACUAGCUUGCUUGACCUUUCAAGUGAGGCACUCCACAUUUUGACAGCUAGCUGACCAGUCCAAUUACAAUACUGCCCUGAACAAUGACCUGUCUGUUGAUUUAACAGUGACUUUAAUUGGCUUUAGGGCAAUUUAUCCGUAGGUCUCACCCCAGUGUUAGUAGAAAAAGUUAAGAGCUUAGACAAAUACCCUAAAUGGUAUUAUUUUAGAGGCACAGAGAUUAUACCUGCUCGUCUGACAGAAGCUAUCAAAUCAAUUUGGAUACAGACUAGUAGAAUGUAAUUAGGUUAUAAUGGAGGUGAGGAUUGGGUUAGGCAUAUACAUCACAGGUAAAAGACUACAAGAGCUGAGGGCUGGCUAACUCAGCUCCUUGCUCAGUCAACUCUGCUGUACCCAGAUCUUGGACCUUUGCUGAUAUGCCGGCAGGAUGGCCCUGUCAGACAACAAGGCUCUGGUCCUGGGUGUGUUGGCUGGAGGGGCUGGCCUCAGCCUGGGCACUGUGUUGUUGUACAACAGUAGGAGGGCCGUGCCAACGAGUGGACAUGGUGUGCACAGUAAGCUGUACCUCAGCAGUAAUGACCAGCGGGUGACUGGAGCCAGUAUGGUGGUCAGGGAAAUGCCGGGUCAGGCUGUGGUUCUAGAUCGUCUCGCAGCGCUGAUCCAGUGUGUGUCAGAGCUGAAGGAUGAGGUGCGGGCCCUAAAGAGUGCCAUCCCAAAGCUGCUGGAUCACGUCAGGGAUGAGCUGAGAGGACGCAGCGGCCGGGCUGAGGGGGCUGUGGCUCGCGUAAGGGCAGGCCCACCAAACCGAACUACACCCACACGUAGGAGGAAAGUUGCAGGGGGAGUGGCCAGAGCUGGAGGCCAAAGCUCUGAGGAGGAGGCUGAGAGUGAAGGAGGGUACAUAACAGCUUUAACUGACUCUGAGGAAGAAGAGCUGAUUGAGGCUGAGGGUCAGAGUCUGUAUGAAGUGACUGUGAUCGAGCCUCUGAAUGAGUUCUCAGCCCUUCUGGAGAGGGUGGACGCUCUACACGAAGGCAGCGAUGGAGACAAGAGGGAGUGCCUCUGCACCAUGCUGGAUAAGCGGGAGCAGUUUGGACAGAACACUACGUUCUUAUGGCGACUAGUUCGGGCCUACGUGGAUGUUCAUGACAUCACUACCAACCUAGAGCAAAAGAAGACCCAAGCAGAAACUGGGAAGAAAGUUGGAGAGGAAGCCGUAAAACUGAACCCUAUGUGUGCCGAAAGUCAUCAGUGGUACGCCAUAAUGUGUGGCAUCAUGGCAGAGUAUGAGACUGUGCAGAACAGGAUAAAGAAUGGCUACAUCUUCAAAGAUCAUUUGGAUAAGGCCAUUGAGCUGAAACCACAAGAUCCUAUGUCUUACUACCUGCUCGGCCGCUGGUGCUAUGCUGUGGCUCAGCUGUCGUGGAUUGAAAGGAAAGUUGCUGCUACAUUGUUUGGAGAGCCUCCGAAUGCCACGGUCCAAGAUGGUCUGAAGAACUUCCUCAAGGUGGAGGAGAUCAGUCCCAACUACUCCAAAUUAAACUAUGUGUUUUUAGCCAAGUGCUACAGAGACCUGGGGAAAAAAAGUCAGGCCAGGAAGAUGUGUGAUGCUGCUACUUCAAUGGAAACCAUUUCCAAAGAGGAUGAGGGGGCACAGAUGGAGCUGGACACCCUUCUCUCUGCUCUAGGUGUUAAUUGAGGACAUUGUGGAAUGGCUCCAUCCUAUUGCAAGGGAGGAACCCAGGAUACUCUUCACUGGAAAACACACUAUGAAGGGAAGCCAAUCCAUGUCUUACUGUUGGGACAGUAUCUUCCUCGUGCUCUCUGGGAUUGGAGAUGACUGGAUCGGCUGUGCAUACUAGGGAACAGUGUUCUGGAGAACAAACUUAUCACAGACAUGUCAUGAUGUCUUAUGAAUGCAUAGUGCUUUGACAUCUGUUCGCUAAAGAGAUUGUGGUAAAAGGGACAUUUGGACCUAAAUCAAUCAAUGGUGUUGGUCCCAAUGGGAUAUACAUUAUCGACCACCUCACAUCAAUACAGUCAGCAAUUAAGUGUAGGGGACCAGGCAAUACAUUUUAUGAAGAUUUUAAUAAUUCUACUGAAGUUGUUUUCAAUACGAUUGAUCACCUGUAUCAACCCAAACAGAUAUAUCCAAAACAAAAACAUAAUCAUUUCAAACCUUGCUUACAUUUGUAUACAAUCACAUUAUCUCUAUUAUGCGUGGGAAUACUUGGGAACAGAUUUUCUAAAUUAAAAUGACUUGAAGCUGAUUUCCUGGUGUAUUUAGUCUUUUAUGUCCAACAAUGAAAAUUCACAAUAACAAAAACAUGUAUUCAUUUUUGCGCAGAAAAUUUUGGGGUCAAAAUAAAACCACUGGCGGACCAAAUUCGGCCGAUGGGCCAGUUGGGGAACCCUGGCUUAUCCUAAGAACUGCACAUACACAAGUGUGUUUUAAGGAGAUUCUGACACAAAUUCCUCAACAAUAAAGACCUAUGGUUUUGUGAAAGUGAUCCCACAGAACUUGUUGUUCCCUCCCUCCCGCCAUGUUCUGUUUCUGUUUUGUCUCUAGCAGUGCAUUCAAGUGGCAAUAACAAACCCGUUUUAAACAAAGGUGCAACCCAAACACAGCUCUCUGUCGCACUGUGACUACCGAGUGACAUUCUGUCCCUUUUACCCCCUGAUUGUAAUGUAACUAUACGGCACCCUAUUCCUUAAUAAGGUACACUACACUAGGGAAUAGAAGCUCUGGUCAGAUGAAAUGCACUAAAUAAGGAACAGGGUGCCAUUGCAGACUCAAGCUUGGUAUUAUUUGACCUGCAUUGAGUGUAGGUUACCAGGUCUUGUGUUCCUGUCACUGCCUGUGCAUGGACAGAGAUCAUGAUCACAUCGUUUUAAGAUGAAGGGGUUGAUAGGGGCGGCAGGGUAGCCUAGUGGUUAGAGUGUUGGACUGCUAACCAAAAUGUUGCAAGUUCGAAUCCCCAAGCUGACAAGGUACAAAUCUGUUGUUCUGCCCCUGAACAGGCAGUUAACCCACUGUUCCUAGGCUGUCAUUGAAAAUAAGAAUUUGUUCUUAACUGACUUGCCUAGUUAAAUAAAGGUAAAAUAAAUAAAAAAUAGGGAAGGAAAUGUGACCCCUAGACGGCUCCUUGGGUCCUCACAUUCACACAAGGUUGGGGUUCUGCUCAUCACAUUCCAGCUAGUCGAGGACAUUUUUGAGCAUAGAAUGUCAUUUGAGAUUAGAUCUUGUAGCUUAAUAGUCAUUGGGCAAUGUGCACGUCAGAGAUUUUAUAUCGUAUGCGAUAGCUUUUACUGAAUUUUGAAUGCUGUUCUAUUCAUUUUUUUGUGUUAAAAAAAUGCAAAUGGUGAGAUGGAUUUUUAUACUUUCAGUAUUUUUCAUUUGUAUGGUUUAUUUUUGGGAUUACUGGGAGGAAAGCAUGGGCUAUAAGAAUCUGUGGUUCUUUAUUAUUUCUCUUAAGUAUAAUUUAGUCUUCUGGAAACCAUUAACUGGUGUGUACUUUAUCCAACAGGUGAACUACAAGAAUGGUACUUGUUUUUGUUUUUGCCUUAUAAGUUUUUCUAUAUUCCAGCAAUAUGAAUGUAUGCUUUAGUUUUAUCUAGGGUGGUGCACAUUGCAGUGAAGUAAAUGAUAUUGUAAAUGAAAUACAUUAAACAUUAUAUAGACACCACUGAUCAAUGGUAUUUGAGUCUGCCAUUAGUCAAUAAAUAUGUGCAAUCUUGA